UAGAGUUCUUAAAAAAUGAAAAAAUAUUUGUAUAAAAUUAGCGCCACAAACACAAAAUGACUAGUUUGCUAAGAAGGGCUUUUCCUAUUUCUAGGAGCGCUUCAAUAAUUUGCUGGCGAUCGUUUGCUGAUGCGGCGAUCAAGGAGAGGAUUGAUAGUAUAGUGAAAGAGAGCAAAGUUGUAGUGUUUAUGAAGGGUGUCCCGGAAGCACCGCGAUGCGGGUUUAGCAACGCUGUGGUGCAGAUUAUGAGGAUGCACGCAGUUCCUUACAAGAGCCACGAUGUCCUCGCUGACGAAAGUCUAAGACAAGGUAUCAAAGAGUACUCAAACUGGCCAACAAUACCACAGGUUUUCAUCAACGGUGAGUUUGUUGGAGGCUGCGACAUCAUGUUGCAAAUGCACCAAUCAGGCGAGCUCAUUGAGGAAUUGAAGAAAAUUGGUAUCAAAAGCGCCCUUCUCACUGCUGACGAAGUGGAUAAAGAAAAAGCAGAAAAGUAGCAGUUCUCCAUUUGUUAGUAUAGAUUUUAAAUUUUUUAACAAGACAUAAAUAAAUAAAUUAUAAUUUAUUACAUUUUGAUGUCUAAAGGUAGACUAUAAAGCCACUGUUCUUUAUUUUUUAAAGCAUAAUGCUAAACUACAUAAGUAAUACAUUUGAAUGUUCUCAUAUUUUUUGUGUUUCUGUCUGAACAAUAUAUAGAAGACAUGUUUAUUGUUUCCAACUUAGAUUUAGGUGUUGUAAUUUGUUGCGUUUUUAUUACUUUGAAGUAUGUUAUAUUAUGAAAAUAAUAAAAAUUGUAUACUGUGUUUUAGAGCUCUUUAUUUAAAUUAGCUGUACAUUCAAGUUAGUAUACUUUUGGGCACAUAUUCAUCAUUCUUAGUCUACAUACCACUGCUUCCAUCGCAAUAUUGGUUGGAUUAACAACACAGUCAUUAAAAG